AACUUACCAGACUGAUUAAACUGCCAUCAAUUGUAUUUGUAUAUUUCAUAGAUAAUGCUGUUUAAUUAGAACGCGCCCGUCGCAGGAUCCAAAGAUCACAGUUGGUUUCCGUUGCCGGCAGCACACGGUAUACGUACGAAAAUUUAAAGUUUUCCGCUGCAAUUUAAAAGUUUUCAAUAAACGCGUUCUACACUUCCACUAUACCCGCAAUUAUUUACUAAAUUUACAUAUAAAUAUGUAUGAAUUUUAGUUCUAUAAGACGAUCUACUAUUAGUAAAUCCACUUUUAUUUUCACUUAAAAGAACAAAAUUUAUGUUUAUGAUAUGAUCGAAGACGCACACUGAUUCAUUAACAUUCUCUGGCCAAACCAUUGCCUUAAUUUGCACUUUACAGAAAAUACGGUCUGAUUAGAUUCUGCCAAUUGCCGGAACUAUAAAACUGCACUGGCUUCCGUUGCCGGUAGCACACAGAAAUCCGUCAGUAAAUUUUUAGUUCACUGUGAGCAGACCGCGCAUAUACGGCACCACUGUAAGACUAUUCUAAAAUCCAACUUUCUUUUCCCGUAACGCACCAAAUGUUGUAUUUACUAUAUAGCCGACUACACGCACUUUACUUAUAAACUAUUUUCAACACUUUUCACUGAUUCUGACUUUUCUUCACAAUAUAAGAUCACUUACAAUUUAAAACAGUUCUUUUCGCGAUAAAAAUUAGAUGCCACGAAAAUAGCGGUAGUUAAUUGACAGCCACUCCACCAACAAAUCAAAGUAACACGUUUUGAAAUUGGGCUCGGUAGAUGGCGCUUAACACACGUGAUUAAACGCAACAGAAUGAAAUAUUUGAAACGAAGAGUAAAUACAAUAUUUUAUUGAAAUAAUAAGAAAAAAUAAUAUUCUACAAAAAAGGUAAUUGAUAUGAAGGCAUACUGUCGGUUUUGCUUUAAAAAAAAUUGCAUAUGCCAAUUUGUGAUACUUCUUGGUUUUAGUAAAUUAUUCAAACAAUUAUUUCUGCAAACAUAUAAACUAUUUGCUGCACUUCUAACACCCUGUAGUGUGCAGCAUCACCAUUGCACACUUUAACAGUUUACUAGCAAAUCGUCUGCCUUUCAACUGACAAUUCUAAAAGUAAUUGUAGAAACUUCCACGAGGACCAUUCAAAUUAACAAUUUAGCAAGUAAAUAGUUUAAAAACAGCACAAAAUGCCAGCUGACACUACAACCAAGCAAGUUCAGGAUUACAAAGAUUCGUUAAUCAAAAAAGCCGAACAACUUAUUAUACAGGGCUUUCCAGAGAAAAUUGUUGAAUUGAAUGAACUCCUCGCAACGCCUAUGUUUAGCGAUCGUAACUUUAAUGAAGUGCAUCAAGACCUUAACAUUCCAACGCCAGAACCAAUUUUGGUGAACAAUCAUGCCGACUCGGCUGACGACGGUGGUGACGCCGACCAGCCGGCGGCAAAAAGACCACGCACCGAUCACUUUGUGCCUGGCACCAAAGUUAUGUGCUUGCCUACCGGUUCUGUACCUUGCAAUGAGCCACUCUGCGAAAUGAUUAAAAUCGUAAAACCAAUUAUUCGUAAACUUGUGGAAGAUUCAAAUUUAUUAAAAAUGUGGAUUUCGUUUUUAAUACCCAAAAUCGAGGAUGGCAAUAAUUUCGGCGUAUCUGUACAGGAAGAUACGCUUGCUGAAAUACAAGCUGUUGAAUCGGAAGCUGCGGCAUUUUUCGACCAAAUUUCGCGUUAUUUUUUAUCACGCGCCAAAGUUGUUUCGAAAGUCGCGAAAUAUCCACAUAUCGAGGAUUAUCGACGCGCAGUGGUGGAGUUGGAUGAGAAGGAAUACUUAAGCUUGUGGUUGGUUGUAUGUGAAGUGCGAAAUCGUUAUUCAUCACUACAUGAUAUCGUUAUUAAAAAUUUGGAGAAACUGAAGAAACCACGUUCAUCCAAUGCUGAUAGCUUAUAUUAAACUGUAAUGAAAAAAACAACACGCAAUCGUAUUAAAACACAUACAAAAGAAAACAACAAAGCAUGGAGGCAUGCGUAAUAGUGAAGCCGUUACGAACAGGAUUGAAGUUGUGUCAGCGCUGCAGUUAACAAGAAAUGCAUGAGUUAAUAUAUCGGACAAUUUUGGGUGCAAGCGGGAUUGGUGAAAGGCGUGCAAUGCGCGGUGACACUACUUAAGAUACCUGUGGAUCGUAACAACAAACCGCUCUCAACAGUUUAUAAUAAAAUGCUUGAAUUUAGUCAUGUAAAAAUGUGAAUUGCGACGUUAAAAAUAUUGGUUAGUUCAAUAUAUUUUGAUUGUAAUGUUAAUUUCUUUUUUCUCAAUCCAUUUUGCAUUAACUCAAGGUAUAUAAAUAUGUAUGCAUAGAACUUACGUAAGAAAAAAAAAAAC